AUGGUGUUUUUAUCGAAUCCAGGGUAUUUGAGGCUCAACGGAAUACUUUUUGGCGUGACGUCGUGUGAUCCACUAUCUGGAAUAAGUAGGUUUCCCAGGCGUCACGGAAUUAACUCAGGCAAAAACAUGGUGUGUAAGCCGCAAUCGCAUUCCAUAAGGCUUAUUUGCCAGCAGCUGCUGAUGCAACGGUCCUUCUUCCCGUCGUACCCGGCAUCGAAGCUGCCAGCGGAGUAUGCAAUAGACCAUACGAAGCUGCGGGAGUUGGAGUUCUCGUCGGACAUGAUUCCUGACGUGCUGCUGUUCUGCAGUUCGCUGAAGAGGGAGCCUUUUGUGGAAUUCACGAAUUCGAGAGCAUUCAUCAGCGUCCACAGCGCAGGGAAAUCGCCGAAGGAGGACGUGGUUAACUCACUCACAGAAGUGUACAUCACACCCAAGCCUCUGGAGGAAGAACAGGAGGAGCCGAUACAGGACUUGGACAUUGGGAAUCGGCUGACGCUGUCCUACACGAUUCUGAAGGAAGAAUGA